AUGGACUGGAACUCGUGGAAAGACAAGGCGUGGUCUACUGCCAAGAAGGUGGAGACCAAGGCAUGGCAAAUGGCUGAUCCUAUCGGUCAAUGGACGAAUCGCCAAGCAGGACGGUUUGGUAUGGAAUCUUUUUAUCCCACCGAUUUGGGUCAAGAAAUCGUGAAAUGUGCGCGCAUACUCCGAACGUUUACCGAGAACAACCAGGUGGCGGCGGUGGAAAACGAGCAGCGGGGGCACACACAUAUGCCGGCCCCUUCGGCCACGGGCUCUGUGCCUGAUGACUAUGCUGACCGCAAAACGCAGUCGGUUCUGUACAAAAUCCCGCCCAAAGUUCUGCAGCAAGCCAAGGGCGUGGCUAUUUUUACGGUGUUCCGGUCUGGGUUUGUGGUCUCUGGCGCGGGUGGGUCCGGCGUCGUCUUGACGAAGGACGAGAACGGACAGUGGGGCUCGCCCUCUGGCAUUUUGAUCCAUACCGUUGGAUGGGGUCUGAUGAUCGGUAUGGACAUUUACGAUGUGGUCCUCAUUCUGCGCGACGAUCGUGCGGUGAAUGCAUUCAAAUACCCCAAGAUCAGCGUCGGUGGUGAGCUGACAGUAUCGGCGGGCCCUGUCGGCAAUGGCGCUAUGUUGGACACUGGCAUUGAGGCAUCGCCUUGCUUCUCGUAUGUCAAGUCCAAGGGUCUCUAUGCGGGCGUGCAGUUCGAUGGCACGAUCCUUCUUACGCGGUCGGAUGAGAAUGCACGCUUCUACAAUUAUCCGGACAUUGAAAUCGCCACGAUCUUGGACAAUCGUUUGCCAUGGCACCAAAUUCCCAAGGCGUGUACGCCGCUGUGGCAGGCCCUGUACGCGGCGGAAGGCCGCCCAGAUUAUAUGGGUACGAACGAGAUUCCCAUGGAGCCGUCGCCGGGCGAUCACAAGUGGACCGAGGAGGAGUUGGCUCAGCUCCAGCAGCCAGACGCUACCAAGCACGACCCAGCCAUCCAGCCGCCACCGCAGCGCAAAGUGCCGCUGGACAAGCCGAUGCCACAGCCUGAUACUAGUUCAGCCAUAGGUGGCCCGCCCCCUGUUCCUGCGCAUCCUUCCGGUGCUCCUGCCCAGGAGGCGCCUCCUUCGUAUGAGAGCGUCGCUACAUCGAACGCGGAUACGCCUCUCCCCCCACCACGCCGUACCGUUUAA